UGACGGCGGGGCUCAGCCUUGGGCGCUGGGCGGGCGGCGUGGGGGCGGCGGAGCGGGCGCCGGCCAGGGCGGCCGCCGGCCAGUGCGCGCCUGCCCCGGUCCGACACUCGACGUCGGCUCGUCCACGAAUACACACUAUAAACGACCAGUUAUCUAUCGACCACGAGCACGACAUAAACCAUCAAAAUGUUUAAAAAUCAUUUAGAAAUGAUUGGCAGAAAUGAGACGGCAUCGAAGAAAGCCAGAUUUUGGCAAUCCUUCGUCCGAUCUCUUAAAGGAUCGGAAGACAUCAGAGCUGAGGAGAGGUACAGGCCCACACGCCGCAGCGUGUUCCCCGAGCUGACCUACCCGUACACCGCCUACAAGUCCAUCUACGACGACCCCGUGGCCGCUGCCGAGCGCAUCAACGUGCCUGGCUACCGCUACCUGCCCGUCCACCGCGAAACGUACGGCUACUCCCCGCGCGCCAUCUACGCGCACAACUACCCUCGCUCCCUCGACCGAUACAGGCCAGUGUACCAUGUGCCGAGGCGCAUCCGACGAGGCGUCGAUCCCUUCGACGCGCACAAGGCGUGGCAGGACCAUCUUGACCGCCUGGCCGCCAUCGACCGCCUGUACCCCUCCCGCUACGGUCUCUACCUCAAGGACCGGGCAUACCCCAUCACCGACCUGAGCGCCCCCGUCGUCGACCCCCUAUAUCCCAAGAGCCUGAAAGGAAUCGAAUAUGAACCCGACAACAAGCCUCACUGGGGAUCAGGAGCGAGCCCGGAGCGGAUAUCGGACGCGUUCAAAAGGGAUCCCUUUUUCGCUGAAGCCGAAAAAUGGGUGGAUUUUGAUCGCUCGCUCCGAGGGAUGUCACCCACACCCGUGAAGCCGAGGAUCAGCCCCCCGAGGGACUGCGAAGUCGCUUACGACGCCGACGGUGCCCCGCUGUACACCGCCGGUGGAAUGCGCCGCCGGCCGUGGGCGGACAUUUUCAACCCGAGCCCCUCCCUGCCGAUCCAAGCGAUCACGAGGGACCCCUUCUGGUACGACUGGCCGGAGCUGAAGCCCCUCGCGCGGUGGAACCGCAGCCCUUCCUACAUCCGGGACUCGUAUCUGUCGCCAGUGAAACGCACCUUCCUCUGGGACAAGCACCCCAUCAGGCCGCUAGGUUAUGUUUACUAAGGAGCUAACCAUCGAACCUUCUACUUUAAGAAUAUACCUAUGAGUACAUUAUACAAUUUUUAUAAUAACUAUCUACAUAAUAAUCGAUGUUUUAUGCGUUGACUAUGUUAUCGAAAAAAUGACAACAUAAUUAAGUAAUAUUCAUAGUCGCAUUGCAAUACUAAAUUUUUAGUAUUGAAAACUAAAUAUUUACUUAAUUAAAGAUCUCAAAGACUGCUAUAACAUAGUCACUGCCGCGGAAAUAAAAAUAUUUGUUACACAAAUCUUGUUUUUAUUAUUAAAUUAUAUUUUUAUGUAUUUUCAAAACCAAAAAAAAAAGCUAAAUAAACACUAAAAUACAAUA